AUGAAUAGCAUUGUAGAAAGGAUUGGGAUAAGGUUCAAAAGUAGAAAGCCAUUGAAGGUGAAGAAGAUGAAGAUGCUUGAAGGAUUAUGCAGAGAGAGAGGAGAUAUUGAAGAUGAAGGUUAUGCAGAAUCCAAGAUUGAUGAAGCAUAUGGAGAUGCUUUAAGGAUUGUGCAGCGAGAGAAGAGAUUUUCUGGUGAGUUUUUUUUAACUAAUUUUCUGAGAAGUGAAUCGUAUCCCACUCUUAUUUCUGAUUUUCAGUUUUUUCUUCUGUUGGCUGGAAGUUUUUCUGUUAAGGGCUGUAAUUAUUGUAAAGGCAAGUUGAUGUUAAGCCAUGGCCGAUUUAAAGAUGGAAGAUGGACAAAAGGCAUUGUGUUCUUUACUUCGAGCAUGAAGAAGAAGCAGGAAGACAUAUGA